AUGCCGCUAGUGGAGUUUGCGUAUAAUAACAGUUACCAUGUGAGUAUCGGAAUGGCUCCGUAUGAGGCUUUGUAUGGGAGAAAGUGUCAAUCCCCACUAUGCUGGUAUGAAUAUGAGGAAACAAGUUUGUUAGGGCUUAAGUUAGUAGCUGAAACUGCUGAACAAAUUAAGAAAAUUCGAAGCCAAAUGCUUACCGCUCAGAGUCGCCAAAAUAGCUACGCCAAUCGGAGACGAAAAUCGUUAGAAUUUGAUGAAGGAGAUUAUGUAUUCCUAAGUGUUACUCCAAUAACAGGAGUGGGAAGAGCAAUUAAGGCAAAGAAAUUAAAUCCUCGUUAUAUCGAUCCGUUUCAGAACCUGAAGAGAAUUGGGCCGGUGGCGUAUCGAAUAGCUCUACCACCACAUCAUUCGAACCUGCACGACGUGUUUCACGUGUCGCAGCUUCAGAAAUACACCUUUGAUGCUAGCCAUAUUUUAGAACCUGAAUCUGUUCAAAUGAAAGAGGAUUUAAUGCUUCAAGUGACUCCGGUUCGAAUUGAUGACACUAGUAUUAAGCGAUUAUGCGGAAAGGAAGUCUCAUUAGUAAAAGUUGUUUGGAGUCGAGCUGAAAUUGAGGAACACACUUGGGAACUUGAGUCAAAAAUGAGAAAAGACUAUCCACACCUAUUUUCAGGUAACUGA